GUCGCGGCGGAGUCCAUGUUGCUCGCGGUGGUGGGCCCGCCGUCGCGGGCGCUGGCGCCCGCCGCGGGGGCCCGGCGGCGCUGCCCGGCGGCGCCCCGCGCGAUCCCGGCCGCGACGCCGAGUCAGCCCCGCGAGGCGUCGCUCUGGGCGCGCGUUGCGCCCAGCCACCUGCCGCGGCGCCUCCCGCGCCGCCGCGAUGGCGAAGGGCGGCGCGAGCGCGGGCCGCCCGCCGAGGUCGGGGGUGGCCGCCACUCGCGGGACGCUUUGGAGGAGUACUUCGCGGCGCGGGCCGCGAUGCGUCAGGCCAGCGGUGGGGGCGAGGCCCGAGCCCGCGCGGGCGCGCCGAACCGUUGGCGCCGAGCCGUCGAGUCGGCGCGCGGCGAUUGCGCGGCCCGCGCGCGCCAGGUGCCCAUCUGGACAGCGGCAGGCGCGGAUGGUCUGCUUCGACUGGCUGGGGGCGCGGGGGGCCUGGGGGACAGGGCCGUCGCCUGCGACGCCAGGCGCCCCCCGAACCCGCGGGCGGCAAAGAGCGCGCCGAGCGACGCGAAUCCUGCGCGCGGCCGCAAGCUUCGCCCCCGCGCGCAGACAGGACUGGCGAAGCUCGCGAAGACAGCGCUGAUUGACGAGGUCUUGAAGGAGCUCUGCGCCCAGCUCAGGCCUCGCAAGCCCGGGGUCGCCGCGCUGGGCGGCCUGGUCCGCGCCGCGAAG